UUGUCCCAGUGUCUGGUUUGGCGGCGGAGGUGUUGGUGGGCUGUACAAGUCCGUGAGUGGAAGGCGCGCCGGCUCUUUUGUCUGAGUGUGACCCGCUGGCUCGGUCCCACGUCUCCCGGUGAUUUCCGCCGGGCAUUCCGCAGAAGCCGCAGCGGCCGCCCGCACUCUCGAUUCCGUCCCCACCACCCGGGAAGGACCGAGUCCGCGUCACGCCCCUCAGCCCCCGCCGUUUCCCUUCUCUGUCGCUGCGUCCCGAAUCGAGUUCCCGGAAUCAGACGGUGACCCAUAGAUGGCCAGCUUUCCCCCGAGGGUCAACGAGAAAGAGAUCGUGAGAUCGCGCACUAUAGGGGAACUUCUAGCUCCAGCGGCUCCUUUCGACAAGAAAUGUGGUGGUGAGAACUGGACGGUUGCUUUCGCUCCAGAUGGUUCAUACUUUGCGUGGUCACAAGGGUAUCGUAUAGUGACGCUCGUCCCGUGGUCCCAGUGCCUUAAGAACUUUCUUUUGCAUGGUUCCAAGAAUGUUACCAACUCAAGCGGUCUAAAAUUGGCAAGACAAAAUAGUAAUGGUCAAAAAACUAAGCCCCGUGAACACAUCAUAGACUGUGGCGACAUAGUCUGGAGUCUUGCUUUUGGGUCUUCAGUUCCAGAAAAACAGAGUCGCUGUGUUAAUAUAGAAUGGCAUCGGUUCAGAUUUGGACAGGAUCAGCUACUUCUUGCCACAGGCUUAAACAAUGGUCGCAUCAAAAUCUGGGAUGUAUAUACAGGAAAACUCCUCCUUAAUUUGGUGGACCACAUUGAAGUGGUCAGAGACUUAACAUUUGCUCCAGAUGGGAGCUUAAUCCUUGUGUCAGCUUCAAGAGACAAAACGCUGAGAGUGUGGGACCUGAAAGAUGAUGGAAACAUGAUGAAAGUAUUGCGGGGGCAUCAGAACUGGGUGUACAGUUGUGCAUUCUCUCCUGACUCGUCUAUGCUGUGUUCAGUUGGAGCCAGUAAAGCAGUUCUCCUUUGGAAUAUGGAAAAUUACACCAUGAUAAGGAGACUAGAAGGGCAUCACCAUGAUGUUGUAGCUUGUGACUUUUCUCCUGACGGAGCAUUGUUAGCUACUGCAUCUUACGAUACUCGUGUGUAUGUCUGGGAUCCACACAGUGGAGACAUUCUGAUGGAAUUUGGGCACCUGUUUCCCCCACCCACUCCAAUAUUUGCUGGAGGAGCGAAUGACCGAUGGGUACGAGCUGUGUCUUUCAGUCAUGAUGGACUGCAUGUUGCAAGCCUUGCUGAUGAUAAAAUGGUGAGGUUCUGGAGAAUUGAUGAGGACUGUCCGGUACAAGUUGCACCUUUGAGCAAUGGUCUUUGCUGUGCCUUUUCCACUGAUGGCAGUGUUUUAGCUGCUGGGACACAUGACGGAAGUGUGUAUUUUUGGGCCACUCCAAGGCAAGUCCCUAGCCUUCAACAUUUAUGUCGUAUGUCGAUCCGAAGAGUGAUGCCCACCCAAGAAGUCCAGAAACUGCCCGUUCCUUCCAAAGUUUUGGAGUUUCUCUCCUACCGGGUUUAGAAGGAAGACUGCCUUUCCUGGUAGGCCUGACACAACACCCUUACAAAACACCUCCAGCUCUGCCAACCAGCUCAAGCAUCUGUUCUUGACGGCUCAGAAGAUUUAUUUAACUUGAUCAAUGCUUACACUUCAUUCUGUUAGUUGGACUUUUAAAGCAUUAUUUAUAGACCAUAGGAGAAAUAUUUCUGAACAUAUCAUGUAAUUUUUUAAAAGAUUAACUGUGAAAACAUAUACAUACAUGUAUAUAUUUAGAUAUGAGCUGCUAUGUAUCGAAUGGGCCUUUUUAGUUUUCUAACUCUUAGCUUUGACCUGUAUGUAUAUAUAAUUAUAGCUUCAGUAGAGCCACAGUGUGUAUAUGUGCUGUUUGUUGGAGCAAAUUCAGUGGAAUCCUUGCUCUUUUUUAUUUGAGGGCACUGAGUUUAGAUGAUGCUGAGUUAA